AUGACCUCUCCCACCCCGUCAGCUCACCCCUCCGCAAUCCCCAGGACCAAUCCACAAGAAGAAAUACAAGCCUCGCGCAGCCAAGGCUCGGAGGAAACACGAACCGGUGAAGAGAUCAUCGCUGGCGUAUUGCCUCGGCCAAAGUUACGCCUCCACGUGCAAGACCUCCGUCAUCCGUCAUCGAGUACUUUCCUCCGCCUGAUUCCUGACGUGGCAUCCACGCUCGAGACCGCUCUCAGCAACAUCAUCAGAUACCUCUACACUGCGCCCAGACCCAGAUCAGACCACGGCCAUGACCGGAAAACCAAGCGGCCGGCCUUUACCCCCUCCGUGCCCCCCACCCGCUCCGUAACCGUGUUCAUACGCGACUUCGGCGGCGUCGCGUACACGACCGGGAGCGAGCUCGACAAUGACCACAAGGAGAUCCACCUGUCUCUGUCGUAUAUCCACAGCUGCACUGCAGGGUCCUCUGCGAAAGCCGAUCCAGUGCAUGAGCUCGUCGGAGUUCUCACCCAUGAGCUGGGUAUUGCCGACUUUGUUCGGCUUAAGGCCUCUCUGGACCCGCCGCAUUGGAAGCGCCCGCAGUCGGCACCGGAUCGUGCGCCCAAGUGGGAUAUGGGGUAUCAGCACACGGCGUACUUUCUGGCUUGGGUCGAGGAUGUUCGGGUCGGGGAGGGGGCCAUCGGCAUGCUGAAUGAUCGGCUCUUGAGGGUGGGGUAUGUCGGAGAGGAUGAGGACUCCGCUUGUGGGAGUGAAUCGUUUUGGAAAGGUCUCUUUGGGGCUGGAGUUGCAGAGUUAUGGGAGGAGUAUGGCUGUUACCUGGAUGACCCACAGAAAGAGAGUGCUCAAAGACCUAGCGGGGAUUGGGAGGAUGAGAUGGUCAACCCGGAGUAA